AUGUACGCAGUACUGAAGCAUAUCAGUCGAAACCUCGCCAUGCUCAGUGCGAAGCUCGCCAUCAUACGCAAGGAUGAGUUCGUGUUUCUUUCGUAUGAAAUAGGACUGGAGAGCUGGCUAAGUUGGAGCUGUUGCUGGCGGAGGUGGAGGUUCCGAAGGCGAGUGAUCCCAACCCCUGUAUCACCUAUUCCCUUCCUCACCUCUAUCUACCGGCCUAAGCAGCAAGAAAGAAAGAUCCUCUCUAACUUGGACACGUCGUUUGGUUCAGCUCGGAAACAACAGCACGAAGGUUUUGCCGAUGGAGGUGAAACCGCUCCAACCAUCGUCGAGGUAACCUUUAUAUGCCUCAACAAUCGUAUGAACAUGUGCAAUGCUCUGGGGCUUCCCUGGGGCGAGUCCACACCCAAGCAGCCCGACAUUGUGGACCUCAAAUUGGCCCCCACCUACGAGAAGCCUGUCUCCGCGAAGUAUGUACCUCCAUUUCACCGACAAAACGAUAGGAUCAUUGAAUAGCUGUUGGGAAUGAGGUGUUCGAGUUUGGCAGGAUGGGAGUAGCGGUGUUUUGGAAUUUGGGAUAUAGUACCCUGAAUUAGGGGCGGAUGGGAGACAGUCUUCAUGGCGUAUGAAGAGCAGUUAAUCAAGAAUUCUCAAAAGGUAGGGCGUAGAUUUGUCUAGGUAUGCAUGGAGUGAUCAUGGUACCGUAUAAUUUCAGGGCGUUCGUUCUUAGCUUCCAG